ACACUUUCGUCGUGCCAAUCCUUCCUCGCAUUUGUAACCUGUGUGUUAUUUGACCGUGAAGCAAGCAGUUCGGUUUAGCGAUAUCGUAAUCCGUUACUCUCUUUGUUUUAACGUCAUAUUAGCUCAAUAUCGUAGACCAAUGAAACAGUCAAUAAUUGCAUAUUUAACAGUUUUAUUAAUUACUGGUUCAUCUGGUCUACAAUUACUAAAAGAAUGGAACUUUCUGACGUUUGAUUUUCCGCAACAAUUAACCGCUCACAAUUUUAAACCAGAAAAUACAGUGCCGACUGGUAUUGAGAUAACGAACGACAGAAUAUUUAUCUCCAUUCCGAGGUUAAGAUCUGGAGUUCCUGCUACAGUAACUUCCAUUCCCAUCAAUAAUCCAAAAGACAUAAGUCCUAUUCUUCAAGCCUACCCUGAUUGGUCUCUACAUGGUGCUGGAAGUGGAAACUAUAACUGUUCUGGGCUUAUAUCUGUCUACAGGACUAGAACAGAUUCCUGUAAUAGACUCUGGGUACUCGACGCUGGAACAUUGGACACCAUUGAAAACUUCAGAAGAGUUUGUCCUCCUAAAAUAUUAAUAUUUGAUUUAAAGACUGAUCAAGUUGUAAGAACUAUUGUUUUUCCUAAAGAAGUUUUGCAAGCAGCCUCUAUAUUUACCAACCUCAUUAUAGAUGAAAGUAUUCAAGGAAAAUGUGACUCUGCCUUUGUAUAUAUUAGCGACACUAUAGCACCAGGAAUCGUAGUUUACGAUGGUUCUAGCGACAAAACAUGGAGAGUUUCAGACCCGUCAAUGUAUCCUAAUCCAGAUUAUGCGAAUAUAAACAUAGAGGGAGAACAAUUUUCUCUGAUGGAUGGAAUAAUAGGAUUAGCACAUUCACCUCAAGUUGCUACGGUAUUUUACCAAGCAGUUGCAACUGAUAGAAUAUUUAGUAUUCCAACCGCCACAUUAACUAAAGGACCUCCAGCUGAAUUUGAAGCAAUUCCUAUAAUGGUAGCAGGAAAGAAAUCUUCUCAAGGACUUCCCUUGGCGAUUAAUGAAGAUGAUAAUACUUUGUUCUUUAGUCCAAUGACAGAAACGUCUAUCGCCGCUUGGAAUGUUGUCAAUAAUAAUCAGCAGGUGCUAGUAGCAGAUCCUGUGAAUCUUCAGUUUGUUUCAGAACUUCGCUGGAAGAAUAAUGGAUAUCUUUAUGUACUAAGUUCACGUUUCCAUAAGUUCUUUAAAAGGACCGUUACUCCAAACGAAACUAAUAUAAGAAUUUUAAGAAUACCUUUGAAGCAAACAGUUACCCGUUUUCCAGGAUUUAGUCCCAGCUUUUAUUUUAAGUGACCAAAAUAAUAUUGUUACGUUAAUUUCAAUAAAGGACUAAGUUAUC